ACAAAGGCUAAUAGAGUUUUGCCAAGAGAAUGCACUGGAGUUUUGCCAAGAGAAACACCCUCUUCCAACAACACAAGAGAAGACUCUACACAUGGACAUCACCAGAUGGUCAACACUGAAGAUCUGACUGGCAUAGAAUCUAUGGAUCAAUGUCGCCAUACCUUGGAACAGCAUAACUGGAACAUAGAGGCUGCUGUACAGGACAGAUUGAACGAGCAAGAGGGUGUACCGAGUGUUUUCAACCCACCACCAUCGCGACCCUUGCAAGUUAAUACAGCUGACCACAGGAUCUACAGCUAUGUUGUCUCAAGACCACAACCAAGGGGCCUGCUUGGAUGGGGUUAUUACUUGAUAAUGCUUCCGUUCCGGUUUACCUAUUAUACAAUACUUGAUAUAUUUAGGUUUGCUCUUCGUUUUAUACGGCCUGACCCUCGCAGCCGGGUCACUGAUCCCGUUGGGGACAUUGUUUCAUUUAUGCACUCUUUUGAAGAGAAAUAUGGGAGGGCACACCCUGUCUUCUACCUGGGAACGUACAGCCAGGCACUUAAUGAUGCCAAACGGGAGCUUCGCUUUCUUUUGGUUUAUCUUCAUGGAGAUGAUCACCAGGACUCUGAUGAAUUCUGUCGCAACACACUCUGUGCACCAGAAGUUAUUUCACUAAUAAACACUAGGAUGCUCUUCUGGGCAUGCUCCACAAACAAACCUGAGGGAUACAGAGUCUCACAGGCUUUAAGAGAAAAUACCUAUCCAUUCUUGGCCAUGAUUAUGUUGAAGGAUCGGAGGAUGACUGUGGUAGGACGUCUAGAAGGCCUCAUUCAGCCUGAUGACCUCAUUAACCAGCUGACAUUUAUCAUGGACGCAAAUCAGACUUACCUGGUGUCUGAACGCCUAGAGAGGGAAGAACGAAACCAGACCCAGGUGCUGAGACAGCAACAGGAUGAGGCCUACUUGGCCUCUCUCAGAGCUGACCAGGAAAAAGAGAGAAAGAAGCGAGAGGAGCGAGAACGGAAGAGGCGGAAGGAGGAAGAGGUGCAACAGCAGAAGCUGGCAGAAGAGAGGCGGCGGCGGAAUUUACAAGAGGAGAAGGAAAGGAAGUUGGAGUGUCUGCCCCCGGAGCCUUCCCCUGAUGACCCUGAAAGUGUCAAAAUCAUUUUCAAAUUACCCAAUGAUUCUCGAGUAGAGAGACGAUUCCACUUUUCACAGUCUCUAACAGUAAUCCACGACUUCUUAUUCUCCUUGAAAGAAAGCCCUGAAAAGUUUCAGAUUGAAGCCAAUUUUCCCCGAAGGGUGCUGCCCUGCCUCCCUUCAGAGGAGUGGCCCAACCCCCCAACGCUGCAGGAGGCCGGACUCAGCCACACAGAAGUUCUCUUUGUUCAGGACCUAACAGACGAAUGACACUUUUUCUUCCUCUUCUCUCUCACCCCAAUCCCCAAAAGAAAUGGAAAAAAAACAAAAACAAAAAAAUAAGAGAGAUUGAUAUUAUUAUUAUUAUAAUACAAUAUUUUUUUUAAAGACUGCUGCGUCCUAAGGAGGGAUCAGAAACCAUGCUGCCUGCAAGAGUCACCACCUGUGUGCGCACGCGAGGUUAGCAGUGAACGUUCCCGCUGGCAAGCCCACCCUUCCCUACUCCCUCUUGCACCAUACACCUUCCAAUGAAAGGAGACUCUUCACCUCCAACCCCGCUGUUGUCCCAACUGGGGAAGGGGACAUUCCCACUAGAUUUCAUGCAUUCUUGCUUUUAUGGAAAAUAAAAGUGAAAACCUUCAUCAAACAGCUACUGCAGCAUCUCCUGAGGACUCGCUUCUCCCACCUCCAGAGAAGAGGGGAGAGAAGGCACAGAGCGGAGAGAUGUUCCUCAACUUCCUACAAUUCAUGAAUAAUUUUAAUUUUUUUUCUGUUGCUUUGUAAUGACCAAAGGAAUGAGGCUGACAUAGAUGUAUUUGUUUUCCUUAACAUUAUUUGAUAAGGAGCCAGUUUUUAAACCCAUGAAUCCUUGCCCUGGGCUCCUUAGCCCACAAGAGUGUAAUAAAGGUGCCCUGGGCUGGUUUAUGCUUAUUUCUGCCAUUGUCCCUCUCACGUUCCCAGAGAGGUUAUUCUUUUUGGUCCAAUUCUUGCUGUCCUUUCUUGCCACCUAUGCACCCCACUUGGGGCAAUGGGAGGAAGUCCAGGUUUAUACCCCUGCAAUGGUGGUGUAUGUACCAAUAGACCCGUACAUAUGGUAUGAACUCCAUGUAGAUUUACCUAUACAUAAAACUGCAGCUUUUCCUUGGAAUCUGGAUCAGUGGUCUUUAUGGGGUCUGAACCAAAGGAUGGCAGUUCAUUCCUGUUCUGACAUGUGCAUGCUCUUUCUGCCCAGCCCUGAGCCUUCCUAAAUUGCCAAGCUUGGUGCCUUUCCAAAGGACUAACAGGGCCUGUGAUGCAACCAACAGAACCAUGUGAGAGGACCUUGCCUGUCUCCUUAGGAAUUGGCGGUAGUGGUGGUUUAAGGAUUGAAAGAACCAUAGCCUUGAAGGAAGCCAAGACAGAACUCAGCCUGUGUAAAUUGUUGGAAGGCACAGUUCAGUUUUUGAUGUAGCCGCCUGCUGUGGAGACAAGUUUUUAUCCUCUCUAUUGCUGUUGAAGUAGUACGGGUUUUUAGCCUCUGGAUGUCUUGUCUGUGGUUGAGUUUAUGGUAGUGGGUACAUGGGUCAGGCCGUGUAUUAGCAUGAGCUGACAAGUAUUCCAAGGUGUUCUGUGGUAGACUGGUGUAGACCCAACACUGCAACCUACUGAAGUUACCACAGUUGCCUAGCAUUUGGUGAGGCCAGCGGCUCAUACCAAGGUCAAGCACAAGUUGCUGGAUUUGCAGUCUCCAGAGGCUUAUCUCCUGCUUAGCUAAACCUGAGGGCCAUCCUUUUAGGUUGCACUGACAUGGCUGCUAUUUUCUGCUGCCCUCAGUGGUUGGGGUAAACACCAAGGGCCGGUGGGGAGCCCCGUAGGUGUCACCUGAGGACCUUGAGAAUUUCGCAGUGGCCUUGGCACAAGUGUCGACAGCACAAUCUCCAGGAAAAUGUAACCCUGCUCCUGCUUCUGUCAUCCUUCCACUUUGUUUCCUGCCAUCCCAUGACCAGAUGAGUGGGAGAUUGCUGGCUGUUGGCAUAAAAUGUUAUCUGAAGUGAAUUCCAGGAUAAACCAUGUUCUCCAGGCCACCUUAUGUGAGAAGUUUGCUUCUUGCUGACAGGCACGCAAAGAGGAAUUUUUUCAGUUAACUCAGAACCAACCUGCCUGCCUAGAAUUUGCAUUUCCCUGGCAGGACCUUUGCCAGGCUGGAUGUACCAAGUCUGCUCAAUAAUUCCAUCUGCCUCUUAUUCUACAGUGUGCACCCUGUGCCUCUUGCCUUUUGCUAACCUGUCCAGUGAAGGAGGUCCAGUGCCGGAGUAUUGAAGUCUAUUUGUGUUAGUACAACUCUCAGGAUGGCCUGUCAGUUUGCUUUGUUUUGCUUUUGUCCUUUUUUUUUUUUUUUAAGCGCUGCUUUACUCAGAGCAGUUCCUGUCUUCUUGCUGAUCGAGACCUGCCACUCAUCCCACUCCUUUACUCCAUGAAAGGUGCACAUUUUGUCAAUGCCGGUACAAUCUGUAUGUUAUUCCCAAGGACCUCUGGGAACUUGAUGGGACCUUCAAGCGAGAAAACAGAGAAGCUGGUGAUCCACAAGCAUUUGCUCUUGUUUCCAAAUCGCCUGAUUAUUUCAGCUGUUUUCAAAUGCCAAGUCAUCAGCUAAACAAAAACACUUGUUUCCAGUUUUGUUCUGCAUUUCCAAGACUGAAGUAGUAGAUUCAACUGAAUAUCCGUAGGAAGUGACCAAGCAAAGAUACCCAAUUGGAGUCAGUUGAAUUUCUGUAGCCUCAGUUUUUUGUUCAACACCUGCAGAAUUUCCUGCAGCAAAUACUUCUUUGUCCUUGCUUUCACUAUAACGUUUGGAUAAAAAAUGGCCAAUGGAGAAUACUUUAAAAAAGAAAAACAGACUAUAAACAAGCUAAAAAGAACCUAGAAUCUUCAACUGAACAGUCAUUAUGAACAUUGCAAAUGGUGCCAAGGCCAAGGAAAAAGUUACGGAAAAUGACUGUGGGAAGGAGUGAUAACCCCCAGAACGCAGUCAGGGGAGUAUUAAUCUGGUGCUUGAACAAGGAGCUCCACUUUAGAACUGGUUUUUUGUUUUUUUUUUUAAGGACUUGCGAGAGACGCAGCAACAAGAAAUCCAUCCCCCAAGGAUGCAGUGCCCAACUUGUACUGCACCUGAAUAAGUUACGUGACAAUUUACUGAGGAAAUCUAGUGUACUUUAAAUUUUUUUCAUAAAAGUUUACAUUGUAUUGUAGG